AGUCCUUUUGAGCAGCUUCGUCAGCAGAUGAAUGACGUCUUGGGAGACGGAGGGAUCCUGAAGCAGGUGGUCCUCCCUGGAGAGGGUCCACCAGUGCCUCAAAAUUCUUCAGUAUUGAUGUAUUACUCCGGUUUCCUGGAAUAUUCUGACCAGGCUUUUGACUCCACCACUCACCUCAAAUACCCUCCGAUGAUGAAGCUGGGGAGAGACGUGACAGUGGCUGGAUUGGAGCUGGGGCUGUUGACCAUGAAGAAAGGAGAGUUCUCUCGUUUCCUCUUCCAGCCCCAGUAUGCAUACGGAGACAUGGGCUGCCCGCCUUUCAUCCCUGGUGCCGCCACGGUUCUGUACGAGGUUCACGUCCUGGACUACCUUGACUCUGCACAAGUGGAUGAUGUUACUGCAAUGAGCCCGGAGGAGCAAAACACCAUUCCUCUGUCCACGUUUCUUGAUGCCGUCAACACUUUGCGCAGCUUUGGCAACCGUUUUUUCAACCAGAGCCGAUACGAAAAUGCCAAAGACCGCUAUAAACAAGCUAUAACUCUGCUGAAAAACAGAGAACUGCAGAGCGAGCAAGAGAAAGACAACCUCAAGACGGCUCAGCUCCCGCUCUAUCUGAACCUUUCUCUCACUGAACUCCGUCUGGAGAACCCACACAAAGCCCUCAAAUACGGCAACAAAGCCUUGGAGAUAGACUCCGCCAACACAAAGGCUCUCUUCCGCUGCGGGCAGGCUUACCUGGAGCUGUGCGAGUAUGAGAGCGCUCAGAGUUGUCUCAUAUCCGCUCAGGCGAAGAAGCCUUUUGAUCAUGACAUCAACAGCCUCCUAAGGAAAGUGGCAACAUGUUAUAAAGACAGCUUGGAUAAAGAAAAAGAGUUUUACUCCAAGAUGUUUAGAGAGCAGAGGGACCCGGAGACGGUGUGAGCACCACCUGACACUGGAUUAGAUUCAACCGUUGUUUUUCUUUCCUUUUGGACAGCGUUGAAAGCAGUUUCACCCGUGUUGUAAUAAAACAUUGGUUUGUUUUUCAUUUGUAAAGAAACUGAAUGUUUUUGUUUCUCUAAAGUUUGAUAAAUUGUUGCUUAGUGAAACAAUGAACAGUAAUGUUCUCAUUGAAUUCUUUUAUGUUGACUGUGUUUGCUGGAUAUUUACAAGCUUCGUAGUACUUGAAGUGUGUGAUCAUUAAAGUGAAACUUUUUCACCUCUAA